AUGGCAGACGGUAAGACGCCGCUGAUGCAGGGUGAGGAGACGGGCCCCACAGCUCCUCCUCCAGCCUACGAUGAUGCUGUAUCCUCUCCUCCUCCUCCCCUACCGCCGUCUAACAUGGCCCCACAACAGAACCAAUAUGGCGCCCAGCACACCCAGCCCGGGAGCACCGUUUAUUAUGGAACCAUCCCACAAAGUUCUCAAACAGUCAUUCUCUCUCGCCCUCCCACCAAUGCUGCGUAUCCAGUCCACAUGCAGUGCACCAACUGUGGUCAGCAAAUCAUCACCAACUUAACUUAUGUCACUGGGAUGACAACAUGGCUGGCCUGUAUUGCCAUCUGUGCCUUCGGAGGUUUUCUCGGCUGUUGUCUCAUCCCGUUCUGCCUGGACGGCCUGAAGGACGUACGUCACACAUGUCCCGGAUGUGGGGCUCACCUGGGCACCUUCCGUAAAAUCUAA